UAGGGUUGGGAAGGGAACUGAUUUGAUUAGUUAUUACAACUGAUGGGUUUGUUUUUGGCCAUUUGAUAAACAUGAGGGGCUGAUAUGGAUAAGUAAUUCAAACAAAUGGGAAAAGGGAUCGGCUUCUUCCUUUUUGCGUCUGAUUGGAACGAACAGGAAUGAAUGCAGCGACGAGGGGUACUCGCCCAACUCCGACGCCCCUCUGCAGUUCUUCUUUUAUCGCUGACAUCAUACAAACCGACGAAGUGCAGCAACAGUCGCCGAUCGAGGCGAGCACCAUCAGUACUCGAUGUGACUGAGGAAGCAAGAAGAACGGGAUCAAUAGAAGAUAUAGGGAUGCUGGGCAGUGAUGAAUCGGGAAAAGCACCACCAGUGCUCAAUCCGGUCGAAGAAGAAGAAGGGAGGAACGAACAGGGGCCGUGAAAACUGCUCCUUCUUCUGCCGAUAUCAACCACCAAGGAAGGUGGGUGUUUGGUUGUGUUUGACGGAAACAAGUGGAGAGGAGGAGGAAGAGGGCUGCCAUGGCCGACAGCUUCACAGGGAAAGAAAGAGAAUUCAGUGGGUGUUUGGGACCUGUUUACCCCAUCAAAACAAAAGGGUAAAGAGACAUGGAGGUCGUUGGAGGCAGGAGCGAGCUGUGAAGGUGUCGAUUGGAGAGAAGAUAGAAGGAAUAACGAAAGGAGGGUGCUGCUGCUUAGCUCACUGGAGAAACUAUAAGAACACCACCUACAAUAGAGGUGUUCUUGACUGUGCUUCGAAACAAGAAGGAAGAGUAGAAGUGAGAGGGACACUUUCUAUCCCGACUCAGGAAAGUAUUAUGAAAUUGCAUGUUACUUGUCCUCGUCGAGGUGAUUCCAAAAAUGCAAACGGAAUUCAAUUCUGA